AUGCUGUUACAUUGGUUACUUGGUGUUGUGGGUAUCCUCACCGGAUUACACACGGUGGUUAAUGCGGCCCAUCCGGCGCAAGAAAAGUGGUCUAAAUUGGCGGAGGGCCUCGACGAGGAAGCUAUCAAGUUAGCUUCGGAACAAGAGUUGCGCUACCGACUGCCAACUUAUAUCGUGCCGACGCAUUACAAGCUGUAUCUGGAAACGCAGGUCCACACCGGAAAUCGAUCGUACAGCGGAAGCGUGGACAUACAUUUGGACAUCCAGAGGCAAACCCCAACCAUCUACGUGCACAACCGCGGACUGCGCAUCACGUACAACGAGCUGUAUUUUUCCGACGAAGGCGCGAACAUUACCUUUCUCGAAACACUGCGCUACACCGAAGAUGCUGAGCGAGAGUUUACCAUUUUCUCGAUACGCCGUGCGCUUGCUCCGGCCGAGUACAUCUUGCGGAUAGAUUUCGAAGGUCAGCUGCGAGUCGAUGACGAUGGGUUCUACAUGAGCUCGUAUCGGGACGAGAACGGUGCGAGAAGAUAUCUCGCUUCGACACAGUUCCAGGCGAUUAGUGCUCGCUCAGCCUUCCCGUGCCUGGAUGAGCCUGCAUUGAAGGCGACGUUUAGUGUGGAAAUCAAACAUCAUCCAAGCUAUGAGGCUGUAGCCAACAUGCCAAUAUAUGCCAUUGCUGGAGAUACGGACGGGAACGUGGUUACGGUAUUUGAAACAACGCCACCGAUGUCGGUCUACCUGUUGGCGUUCAUGGUGUCCGAUUUCUUGUACACCGAGAACGAAGAGGCGGCCCAGCGCGUUUACGCUCGACCAAACGCAAUCGACCAAACGCAAUACGCUCUGGAGGCUGGAGUUCGCAUAAUGAACGUAUUUGAUGAGUAUCUGGGCCUGCCGUACAGUACCUUCAUGCCCAAGGUCGACCAAACAGCACUCACCCAAUUUUCCGCGGGCGCCAUGGAAAAUUGGGGAUUGUGCAAAUAUCGCGAGGAGUACCUGCUGUACGAGCCGGGCGUUACGACCUAUCGGACGCAAACAUCGAUCACCACCAUCAUAGCGCACGAGUACGCGCACCAAUGGUUCGGUAACGUGGUCACCAACAAGUGGUGGAGUUAUCUGUGGCUUAACGAGGGUUUUGCCACGCUGUACGAGUUCGUGGCGGCCGAUAUGGCUUAUCCGGAGCGCCAAUAUCGUGACUUGUUUAACGUUCAAGUGCUCCAGCGCGCUCUCAUCACAGACGCCAACGAAAGCACGCGCCCCAUGACGUUUAGCCGCGGUGCAACCUUCAAUACCAUCGGGAGCCUGUUCGAUAAUGUCGCCUACUCGAAGGGCGGCUCGGUGCUUCAGAUGUUCGGGCUGGUGCUGUCGGAAUCGGUCUGGCAACAGGUGGUCCGACUCUACGUGGAACGCAACGCGUUGGGAUCGGUUGGUGCGGAGGAGUUUAUUGAGGCGAUGGCGGAGGUGGUCGACGGUACAGAUACGCUGCCCGAACAUGUCAGCGUGGAGAGUUUUGUGACGAGCUGGGUUGAUCAACCUGGCUUUCCCGUGCUCGAAGUUCGACGCUCGUAUUGGGGAGAGAUUAUACUGACGCAGGAUCGAUUCUAUGCCAACAGAAUAGUGAAUGACGAUACCACCACUUGGAUGAUACCGUACACGAUCCUGGCGCAAGGAGACUCACUAGAAGCACCGCUCGAGUGGCAAUGGCUGACCACGAGGGCGGUUCGCGUACCCAGCGACACACCGGACAACGAAUGGAUAUUGGCCAACGUUAACCAGGCCGGAUUCUAUCGGGUCAACUACGAUGCCUCCAACUGGUACAUGUUGAUCCGUGCACUGACCGAGGAAACCACCUCCAUUCCGAUGCACAGUCGAUCGCAGCUCGUCGACGAUGCCUUCCAUUUGGCGCGAUCGAACCGAUUGGAUCUUGAGAUUGCGCUGGAUCUGAUGACGUAUCUGCGCCACGAACGGGAAUAUCCACCAUGGGCAGCAGCGAACUACGCCCUCAAUUACUUCUAUAAUCGUAUGCGGGGUCGCUCGGAUUACGUUCGCUAUCAGCUGUUCGUCGACACGCUGAUUAGCGAUGUGUUGCUAACGCUUGACGUCAGUACGGUGUUGCCGGACGAAAGGUUGCUGGACAAGUACCUCAGGCAGGUGAUAUCCCGGUGGGCAUGCCGGAUGGAGAUCGAAAGCUGCCUCACGGACACCCGUCUCGCGCUGGAACGUGAAGUGAAUGGCGAGGAACCCGUGCACCCGGACGUGUCGGAAGUGGUGUACUGUUACGGGUUGCGAACGGCCACAACGGACGCCUUCCAGUACCUGUUCGCUAAGCUGCAGAGUUCGGACAACCGUGGAGAACGAUCGAGCCUGAUUGAUGCGUUGGGCUGCACCACCGACGCGGAACAACUGCGAUCCUACCUGCUAACCGCGAUUGGUGGAGAAUUGCAAGUGGAUUUCGACCCAGAGGAGCGGUUCUACAUUCUAUCGUCCGUGCUGGUGAGCCGCGCUGGAGCCGAUGCGCUGAUAAGCUUCCUGAGCGACAACUUCACGUACGUUGCGAACACGCUCGGAGUGGGCACCUUGAACAGUUUGAUACAGUCCAUCGCUGCUCAAACAAACACACCGGAGGAGGAACAGAUGCUAAACGAGCUGCUGUCGCAACUGCAAACGAUGCUUCCGGCCAGUGGCAUCGAGACCGCCCAGGCCACGAUGGCCAGAAACCUGGCGUGGCCUUCCACACGUGAAGGUGUUUUGUUGAGCUACUUCCUGGAACGUCACUCUUUUCAGCCGGCUUAA